UAAAGCAGUUGGCCCCACCCCUCCCGCACGCUGGCUGCCCCCCAGCCAAUCAGUAUUCGCCCAGCCUUAAGAAGGCCUUUCCCCUGUUUCCGGAAAUACAUCGCGGCGCAAGGUGACGGAGAAGCACUUCCGGGUUAGCGACAGUCUGUGGGGCAGUUCCGGGAUAUCAGUGAGGGAACCUGGAGUCAGAGCAGGAAGUGGCGGAGCAGGAAGUGGCCGUGCAAGAUGCAGGGGAAAGAGAGAAGCGCCACGGCACUUGAUGGAUGUGUUACCACCCGCCAGAGACUCUCCUCAACCACAAAUCAAGAGCCUGAUGUGGCCCUGAUGAGUGCGAGUGACACACAGCAAUACUUGUGCAUAGAGUGCAAUGAGACCUUCAGUAGUAAAGUGCAGCUCAGCUCCCACCGACAGAGCCACGUGGCCAAGAAGCCUUUCAUGUGCUCCUACUGUGGGAGGGGCUUCCACCACCAGAUCUUCCUGCAGGUGCACGAGAGGAGUCACGGGGGAGGGGCAACUUCUGACUAUUUAACUGCAGCCAAACCGAGUGCCACACGGGUCAUAUCCACAAGGAGCUGUCGGACUGUUGCCCCUUUAACCUCUGACUGUGUAAAUGUCCAGCCCAUCCCAAGCAAACCUGAGCUCUUACUCAACUCCCUGGUGCAGUUCAGAAAGGGGCAUGGAAGCCAGCAGAGCCCCGCCCCCAUAGAAUGUGUCACCCGACUCAGCAGGAGCCAGGCCCAGCCCUGUGCCCAGAGGAAGGAUUCAGCAGAGAAAAGAAGUUCCCUUGAGUUUCGGGUUUCCAGAUUCUCCGACACCACGGUCCACUUGAUGGAUGCGUUUGGGAACUCCAUAGAACUGCUAACGGAAGUGUUCAGCACCCACACAAUGAAUGGGCCCCAACAAGCCCCUGCCACAGGGACACAUGUGCUCUCAUCUGUGGACUCCACUCCCUGUGAGCAAAGAACUGACAGAACCCAGCAAGAAAAGAACGAUGGAGAAACACUCACCUCAACCAAUCUCCAGUCACAUAUGCCCCCUCAGCUUGUGCCCCACACUGACACCCCAACUGUUUGUCCUGUAGAAACAGAUGUUGGUAAAAUGGAAUCCAACCUCUCCCCAGGGGUGGUUGUGUGCAGUGCUGCCCCCAGUAUAACCACCGCAGAGACCCCCAUGCACAUGGAGUCAGGGAGGCUGACCAGUGGUGACCCAGCACUACCAAUAGAGACACUUGAUGAUCCAAUAGAGACACUAGAUGAUCCAAUAGAUGAUCCAAUAGAGACACUAGAUGAUCCAAUAGAUGAUCCAAUAGAGACACUAGAUGAUUCACUCUCUAAAGGGACAGAACCAAUAAGUGUACCCCAUGUUUUACCUUAUCAGGUCAGUACAGAACUGGACAGUUCUCUGGAUGGCAUAACUGUAUCCUCACCACCUACCUAUUCCCAGUCUGUACUCCCUUCCAAGGGGCAUGAUGGUCCUGGUACCAACAGCACGAAGCAAACCGAUUCUGUCCCGGGAAUGGAUUCUCUGGAAGAGACUUGUAACUUUCUUGUACCCUCUGAGCAGAAACAGAAAGGCAGCUUAUUAGCUGAAGGUACCAGUGUGUUGCAAGCAGAGGAUGUGAGAGUGCCAGGCACUGCCCAGGCUGGGGGGUUACCAGAAUACCAAGAGAGGGAGGCUCCCACUGACCAUUCAGAACAGGUUGGUGAGAUAGACGCAUGUACUGUUUGCAUCUCCGCUCUCAGGACUGACAUAGCGAUAACAUCAGAACUAGACUCCCAGUCAGACAUGGGCAAUGGGGACCACAAAAAUAUGCUGGGGCAGAACACACAGUCUGGGGUAAAAGGUGUGAGCCUUGUACCAGUUAAUAUCGAAAAACUCCCUUCCCAUGAGACAUUCAUAGACCUGAAACAGUCUCUUGUGCAAGAUGCACACCACUCUGCAGCUACUGUCCAAGGCACUGAUUCCAGCCUUGGCACUGAGACCACUUCAGCAAAGGUUGGUGUCGGUCAUCGGCAACGACAAGACUUGCCAUGUGAGAGAAGUGCACAACUAGUGGAUGAUGGGAGUUUGCUGAAGCCUCACCUAGAGACUGGUGCUGGAGAUGCCUCACAGUUAGAAACUGCCGAGAACGCUCAGGCUCCUCCCACAAAGAAAGAUGAUUAUAUGCUGAUCCAUCAAAAUGCUGCUGCCUCUCUGUUUUGCCAGGAACCAGAAAGUCAGGGCAAGGAUGACCAAGUUUCAACCACUUACAGACAUGGCCAAGACCUAAGAUCUCCAGAGCCUGACAGGACUACAACUCAUGCAGAAAGCUUGAACCCAUCCAUUGUAGAUCAUGACUACAGUGACCAAAGAAGAACUCUAGAAGACAGCCCAGUGGAGAUGGCAAGACAUUAUGGUCCUGGUCAGUAUGAUGAAAGUCAAAUUAUUAGUGGUAUUCAUGAUGUGCUGCCUAUAGGAGAAGAGAAGAACAAUACUCCGAUUGGUGGGCAUAGUGAGCAGGAACAGCAUUCCCUGGAUAAAAGGCCUGAUUUACAAGAAGGCAUUUUACGAAAUGUUGAGAAAUAUACAGAGAGUGGGACUGCUGAAACUGCACUCAUUGUAACAAGGGAGGGGGAAACUGGGGCUACAGGGGUCUCUCAAUCCCAUGGCAUUGACAUUAUGGACUUGGCAUUAACAGGGGUACAGCCUGAGAGAACUGAAGGGAAUGAAGAUAUCUCCAGGUGGGUCUCUCCUAUGGAUGCCUCAUCCCAAGAGAAGGUAAUCAUGCAUGAAAUAGAGAAGGGGACAAUCCCCCAAACUGACUCUUUAGCAGCAUUUAUCCCAACUGAAGCAGCAUUGAACUGUGUAGGUGAGAGGAGUCUUGAUAAAAGUGCCCCACCAAAGAGGAAAGAGGGAAAUAAUGCCGAUGUUGCACUUAGUGCCUCUGUUUCUGAUGAAGUGGAGCAGGAAGGGUCAGUCCCUUGUUUGACAUGUGGGGAACACAUGAAUGGAAACAAGUCUCCUUCACACGUCUGUUCCAACUUCUCCAAGAGCUCUAUGACUGUGAUGGAGAACAAAAGCAUUGAGAUGAUUCCUGCUGAUGUGAAACAAGAUCUGGAUUCUGCCACAGAACCUCACAGUGUGGAGCCUGAGGAACCCAAUGCAAAAGUCAACAAGAUGUACAACUGCCCAAAGUGUGACAAAACCUUCAGGCUUCCUGUACUUCUGGCCGGCCACAUGAAAUGUCAUACAUCACACCUGUGCAUUACGUGUGGCUCCCCCAUGCCACACAAGUAUAAAAUGAAACGGCUAGCCAGAAAGUGUCAGCAGUGCAUUCAGAACACCAUUGUGAAAAGGCAAGAGAAACGUCUACUUUUCACGCGCUACUCGGAAGAAGAGGACAUGAUAACUUCUGGCACAAAGUUCUCAACAGACCUUAAUGAGGACUCGGACCUCACCCUUCCAUGUGCCCCCAAUACAGAAGACGUGUUGGGUGCCGAUUCAGAGAUAGAAUUAACACAGCUGAAACGUCCGCACGUGAGGCAAAGAGCUAAAUCAGCUGAUGGCUCCCUUGGCAUGGACCCCAAUGCAGAACAUUCAGAGGUUCGGAAGAAGAGAGGUAGGCAACCAACAAAGGGCAAUGUUCUUCCUGCCACUGUCCCCAAAGUGUACAAGUGCUUGCAGUGCGGUGUGUCAUUCCUCCAGUGUAUGUUCAUAGUGAAGCACAUGAAGGAACAUUUUAUGGCACAGACUCAGCCCUGCAAGUGCUAUUUAAUUGUCCGACAGGGAGGAAAGCAGACCCUGAAGCAAUGCAAGAUGUGCCGGCAACAUACUAAGAGCACAGCAUUGGAUGCAUCACAGCUCACAGAUUCUGCCUCCGACCAGAACCUUCAGACUCCCAUUUCAAGUCCCAAAAAGAUCAUUAAGCGAGGAAGAAAGGGGGAUGUGUCCUUCCAGAGAGCAGGCAACAAAAAAAUCCCCCAGAAGAGAGGAAAAUAUGCUCGCAAGUCCAUGGCUCCUGUGAGAGAGUGCCAUGAUGAGCCUCGUCUUGAGGAGGAAAGCCAGAUUCCACCAUUGGAAGGAGAUGCAGAGUUAAUGUCCACUUGCUGGGAAAAAUCUUUUGGUGAGGAAAGCGUUCCAGGCAGAGGUACAGACAAGCGAUCCGAAGACUUGCUUCUUCAGCCACACGUGUGUGAUGUGUGCGGCAAGGCCUUCCGGCUGCAUCGAUACCUUCAGCUCCACAUCGUCACGCAUACAGGGACUCCAUGUGAGUCUUGUGGCUGCCUGUUCCGCUUUAAGCGAAGAGCUGGACGACACUCCAAGAAAUGUCGUUUGUGCCGGAUGAAGGGUAAAGAGCAGGGAGUUCUGUGUGACGCCAUACUCGAACUGAGUCCGCCUGAGUUACCUAAAGCUCACAAAGCUAAAGUCUUGAGCUCUUUGCCCCACGGCAAGCAGUCCAAAAUGCUGGCAAAAUUCAAAGCACCCAAACAGGCUAAACUCAAUAAAGCAUUUAAAGAAAAGAAAUUGCAGCUCUUAAAAGGGCCACCGGGUCAAUCCAAGAAGAGGAAACUGAGCUCCGUGCAACUGGAGAAAAGCAGAAAGAAGCUAAAGAGUAUUGAAGUCCUUUCUCCACCCACACCCAAAAAGAGGGGACGGCCCCCCAGAAAACAGUCGGCAGACAGCAUGCUCUCAACGGUAAAUUCGCUUGCUAUUAAAUCGGAAGGCAAGUCUGUUGUGGUUAGUGAUGAUGGGCUACACCCCAUAGAAACCACUAAAAGUUCUCUUAGUGGAGAUGAUAAAUCUGAUGAAGUGCCGACCUACAAAAACCUACCCACCAUGUCCAUAAAGGAAGAGCCAAAUGCAUCUGAAAUAUCAAGUUUCCAGUGCUCCGAGUGUGGGCAGAACUUUCCUUAUAAGCAUUUACUGGAUAAUCACAUUCAGACUCAUACGGGGGACCGCCCUUAUGCAUGCUCCGACUGUGACAAGAGCUUUGCAAAGAUAAACCACCUGACUAUCCACAGGCGUGUGCACACAGGGGUACGUCCUCAUGUCUGUUCAGUGUGUCAAAGCAGUUUCCGGCAGAAAUCUAGUCUUCUGGCUCAUCGCUAUACACACACCAACCAACCACCCCUCCUGGUCACCUCGUAUGAAUGUUCUGUCUGCCUUAAAGAAUUCAAGCAAAGCAGCGACCUGGAGGCCCAUGAAUGCAUUCUACCCGUAGAGCUUCCUGUCCAGUGCAAGGAAUGUGAGCGAGUUUUUACCAACAAGGGCAGGCUUGCAGUGCAUAGCAGGGUGCACACCGUGCAGACAUCAUACCCUUGCCCCAUAUGUAACAGAAGCUUUAUUUACAAGGCAAACUUAGAUCGGCAUCAGCAGAAGCAUAAAGGAGAAAAGCCAUUCUCUUGUGCAAAGUGUGGAGUCAGCUUCGCUCGGCGUAAGACCUUGGAACGUCACAAGCUUGCCCAUGGUAAGAAAGGUCUCUUUUCCUGUAUCCACUGCAAAAAGUACUUCCUUCUCCAGACCUGGCUUUUCCGGCACCUGAAAAUCUGCCAAGGUGUGAAUAAAGGAAAGGUUCUGAAGGUCCAGAAAAGGAAGAGGAUUAAGGAAGAUGUAGAAGUCUCCAGCACGGUCUCCUCCGAAGAAGUUGAGAAAAAGAUGAUCAAGGUUGAGAACAAAGAGCAAAAAAUAAAAAAACUAAUGAAAAGCAAAGUACUAGGUGAAGCCAAGCUCAAGUCAAAAGCAGCAGAAGGCAGCAAGGAAGAGAAGCUCAAAGCCAAGGCAGCAAAAGCAGAGAAAGGAGCGCUGAAGAAAAAGCUGACUGAAGGUGGUCAAGGAGAAGCAAGUAGUGAAGCAAGUAGUGUGGAAGAAGAGAAAAAGAGGCCAAAUGAAGACAAUGGAAAGAAAGACAAAAAACAGGAGCAGAUAAAGGGGCAAAGGGAGUUUCCAGAAGGAGCAAACGGUGAUGCACAACCAAAAGUUAAAGGUGCUGCCCCUGCAGAAAAAGGGCUGCUAAAUGAAGAAAAGCAGAAGGCCAAAAGUGCUAAAAAGGAUAUGCUAGGGGAGGAGAAGCAGAAGGCCAAAAGUGCUACUACUGCUAAAAGGGAGUCCGAUGGGGAGGAGAAGCAGAAUGUUAGAGUGGCUGCUCCCACAAAUAAGGAGCUGCUUGGUGAAGAGAAGCCAAUCGGCAAAGGUGCCACCACCACAAAGAAGGAAUCGGAAGAAGAAAAGCAGAAGGCCAGAAACUUCAUUCCAGCAAAGAAGGAACUAAUUGUAGAUGAAAAGCAGAAGACCAAAUGCACGCCCCCUGCAAAAAAGCCACGCCUUGAGAGCAGCCCCAAGGUGGCAACCCCUGAGAGGAUGAGGAAGGAGGGAGGGAAGGGCAAGGAACCCCAAGGGAAGCUUCAAAGCAAGAAGUGAGGCCAGGGCUUGAUGGGGGCAGAAGUUAUGCCAGGUUCUUCCUACAAAGAAUAUCUGAUCCAGGGCAUGUCAAUCUUUCUAGUGACACCAGUUCAGCCACUUCAUAUUAUCCAAAUGUACAGAAGGUUUUGAUUGGCUGCUCUUACGUGUUUCAUUUUAUUUAAUAAAUCCUUUGAUUUUUG